GUACACCCCAGUCCGCUCAGCUAGCACCGAGCGUGUGCAGCUUCUCUCCUCCUCGCAGCCUCCGUCAUAAACCAGGCGUUCAUCCUCAGUCAUGGCCGCCGGAGUACAAAUCUAAACCCCCGUCUUCCCUCCCCGUCGUCAGGAGGGGAGGAUUUUUUUUUUCUUUCUCUCUUUCUUUCCUUUUUUUUGAGGGGGCGGGGGGGGGAUGAGGAAACAAAAUCAUUAGUCCCCACGCUGAUUUUUUUUUUUUUUUUUGCAAAUCUGCAUCUCGGAAUUUACAAUACAAUCCCGCAAAAAAAAAGAAGACGAAGAAGAAGAAGAAAAAAGGAAACAUCAUCCAUGUCAAUACACCAAAAUGCAGCCGCCGCCGAGGAAGGUCAAAGUGACACAGGAGCUGAAAAACACACACACGGAGCAGAUGACAAGACUGCACUUUAAACACCAGACCGAAUGUGACCUGCUGGAAGACAUGAGGAGCUACAGUCUGAAAAAGGGACAGCUGGAGAGGGACUAUGCUCAGGCUCUGCAGAAGUUAGCAAGUCAGUACCUGAAGAGAGACUGGCCUGGGAUCACUCCCGAUGACCAGAGAACAGACUACAGGAAUGUGUACGCAGUGUGGAGGUCCUAUUUAGAAGGUACAGUGCAGGUUAGCCAGUCCAGGCUCAACGUGUGUGACAACUACAAGAUUCAAGUAUCGGAUCUCGCCAAGACAGUUAGACUCUACAAGGAGCAGCAACUCAAAAAGACCAUAGAUCAGUUGAGCGGCAUCCAGGCAGAGCUGCAGGAGUCGGUGAAGGAGUUGGCCAAAGCCAAGAAAAAGUACUACGACUGUGAGCAGGUUGCCCACGCUGUACGGGAGAAGGCCGACAUAGAGGCUAAAUCUAAACUGGGUCUGUUUCAGUCGAGAAUUAGUUUACAGAAAGCAAGUGUGAAGCUAAAAGCAAAGAGAAGUGACUGUAACUCCAAGGCGACCCAGGCCAGGAAUGACUACUUGCUCACGCUAGCUGCUGCGAAUGCUCACCACGACCGCUACUAUCAUACAGAUCUCCUGCACUGCAUACAGGCCUUGGAUGGCAGGAUCUAUGAGCAUGUAAAAGACUACCUGGUGGCUCUGUGUCAUACUGAAUUAGAGGCCUCUCAAGCAACACACAACACCUUCCAGUUCCUGUUGGACAAAUCCACGAGGAUCAUACAAGAAUUUAACCAGCAGUUGUUCAUGCAGGAGAAUCCAGUGUUUCACAAAGCACACGACUUCCAGUUCCAGCCGAGCGAAUGUGACAUGACUCUGAGCUCCGUGCAGCAGUUGGUGGACAUUGAGCCGUCGCCCGUCAGUGCCAUGAGAAUGACCCUGGCACAGACUGUGGAGCAGACGUUGCAGCCCAUCAAGUCAGUUUCAACACAAAGGGCCAUAUACACACCAAAUAGUCGUCAGCUGGAGUCGGAGACGGGGACUACUGAGGAGCACAGUCUGAACAAGGAGGCCAGGAAAUGGGCCAUGAGAGUGGCCCGGGAACACAAGAACAUCAUUCAUUACAAGAGAUCUCUGGAGGAGUGCGAGAGCCUUGGCUUGCCCGCCACAGAGCAAGGCAGACUCGAUCUGGAGCUGAGGAUAGAGGACACCAAAGAAAACAUACGCAAAGCUGAGACUAUAAAGUUGAAAGCCGAUGCUCGGCUGGACCUUCUACGGCAAGUGGGAGUUGCUGUGGAUACCUGGCUGAAGAGCGCCAUGAACCAGGUGAUGGAGGAACUGGAGAAUGAACGUUGGGCCAGCUACACUUCCCAUGAUCCCUCACUGUCGGGCACAGUGGACUUGGAGCGCGAGGAGGGCGAGGAGUGUGAAGAGAACAUGGAGGUUUUUGACGACAGCAGCUCCAGUCCUUCGGGAACGCUUCGAAACUACCCGCUCACCUGCAAAGUCCUGUACUCAUACAAGGCCUCUCAGCCAGACGAGUUAACUAUUGAUGAACAGGAGAUGUUGGAGGUCAUUGAGGAUGGAGACAUGGAGGACUGGGUCAAGGCUCGCAAUAAGAUAGGUCAUGUCGGCUACGUCCCAGAGAAAUACCUGCAGUUUCCCACCUCCAACAGUCUGCUGAGCAUGCUCCAGUCGCUGGCCACACUCGACGCUCGAUCGCACACCUCGUCCAAUUCGACCGAGCCAGAGCUGCACUUGGGCUGCAUCAAUGGAGACGCAAACACGGUGUUUGUCCGGGCACUUUAUGAUUACGAGGGCCAGGCGGACGAGGAGCUCUCCUUCUCCGAGGGAGCUGUGAUCCGCCUGUUGAGCCGUGACACUCAGACAGAUGACGGCUUCUGGGAGGGGGAGCUCAACGGACGGGUUGGCGUCUUCCCUUCUGUGCUGGUAGAAGAUUUCACUGAAAAUGGGGAAACCAGUGGAGGAGGGGUGGGUGACAUACAGAUCUCUCCGUCUCUGAAGUUGCCAUCUUCUCUGCCCCCUCUUCCGCUGUACGACCAACCUCCCAUCAGCCCUUUCACCAGCCCGGAGACCUCCACCCCACCUCCUCUUCCUCGCUCACCCUCCGCUGCACUUAACGGGGAGCACAAGCCCCCACUACCUGCCCCGUCACACAAGGGACCGCUGUCCACUCACAUCUCUGUUGUCUCCGUAGAUCAAAGCUCUGGCAGGAGUCCAGUGUCUCCAGGAUUUCCUCAGACUCAGCCACUGCGAUUCACCCCUGAAGGAGGCCCUGGGAAACUACGACCUGUGCGAGCGGCGCCCCCUCCACCCAAACAGCACCCCCGGAGACAGCAGGAGAAGAGCGACAAGACGGAGGAGGUGGAGAUCACGCUGGUGUGACAGAAGGACAAGUUGGCAGGCAGUUAUAGACUCAAAAAUUGAAAACAGACAGACUUUUCCUCCAGGCCGAGGAACUGAACAGCUCUGAAGUGAAGCGGGCUUAAAUAAAGUGAUGUGAAGUAAACUGGAUUGAGCCACGUCGACCCCUCCAGCCCCUCCACAUCUCCUCAUCCUCCCUCUUCCUCGAGUGGAGGAGGAGAGAAGAGAGAGGAGAUGAAGGCAAAGUAUUCAAUUAGAUAAUCGUAUUAGAUUCCUAAUCAAAUGCAGCAGUAGCUGCCGCCGCAGCCCUCCUCGCGCUCCCUCAUGCUUCCGUUCUUGCCUUAAGACUUCACCUCAAACUCACCUCAAACCAGAGCACAGUGAAAGGAGCAGGAAGAGGAGACCGAAUGUUUUGAGAGUGUUGUUGAUUAUAAGGCAGUUUACUUCUCUGCGCAGGCAGACCACUCUGCCACGUUUGAGAAAUUUCACUUUUUUCACUGACUUGCUUGGAGCCCUGAAACUGACAAAAUAUGGUAAAGGUACAUCAGAUAAAUCAAAUCUAAUACUGUUUGCAAAACUGCACAUUUAGAUAUUAAUAAAUGUAAAGCUUUAUACUUUUAUUUAACCUUCAACAUUUCCAUUAACUACCAAUUAGUACAUAAUAAUAAAUUGAAACUUAAUAUUUUACCCCUUUAUUAACUUGCACAAGCUCCUUUUCUUUUUUCAUUUAUAUAUUUCCUCUUUGUCUUUCCAUCUUUCCUUUUCCAGUUGUCCUUAUGCAUGUCAAAUUAGCUAAAAGGGUUUUCAUUCAGGCCAACUGCCCAACAGUUGAUGACAUGUGUGCCAACACCAAUUUUACAGACAAAAAAGGCAUUAAAAGAAAAAAUACAAAGGAAUUUAGUUUUUAUUUAUUUUAUCCACCAAUUGGUGGUCAAGACAAAUAUGUUUUAAUCAUGCAAUAUUUUUGAGAUAUCUGAUGCUUUUUACGAAAUUUUGUGUUUGAUUUUUCGGGCUCCAGGAAUAAUAAGCUUGAUUAAAAGGGAAUGAGUCAAAACACAUGGGUCAUGUUUUGGAGUGUCUUGGGGAUUUAAGUAAAUGGACAGAGAAACUGGGUGGUGUGUGUGUGUGUGUGUGUGUGUGUGUGUGUGUGUGUGAGAGAGAGAGACAGCGUCACCCCCCCCCCCCCCUCCCCAGCCCUUCCCUAGUCAUAUAUAGUCCUUAUCAUCAUACGUAACCAAUGUGUAUUAGUACAGUACAUUACUGUUGUCAUAGGAAUGUUAUGCACAGCGUUUCAUAGACUUAACUCAGCCGAGUGGACGACCAUGUCUGAUAUCUGGUGGAAGUGUUCUCGUCUUAAUACUGAGAGGGCAUUGUAAAUACAGUAUGAAGGAGAGAUGAAAGUGGAGAGGGGAGGAAAGGAUGGAAGAAGAAGAGAGAGAGAGGAGGCUGGAUCGUCCUCUCUCAUCUCCACCUCCCUUCCAUUCUUCCUUCUUUUCUCUCAUCUCUAAUGUCUGUUCUGUCCAUUGGCAGUCAGUGUGACUAUCAUAUACACACAUACAUACAUACAUAAUAUUACACACAUGUUGCUAUAUCUUCUCUCAUUCUGUGACCCUGACCUCUUGAUUAGUUCAGCAGGAGAGUGGUGCUUUUCAAAGGCACUGGAAUUGUUGGAAUUCACUUUGUGGUGACAAACAGAGGUGUUAUUUGCGAGGAUGCAUACUCUUCAAAAUAUUUUGGGGUCAGGAGAUUUUAUUAAUCACACAAAGAACUGUAUGACUUUUAUCCCUACAGAUCAUAUCUCACAUUCAUUUUAUACACCUAUAGCAUAUAUCCUUUGUCUUUUUCUUUUUUGCUUACAUGCAUUACAUUUGUCUCUGUUGUCUUGCUAAUCGUCUCCUCUACAGCACUGUGGGAGUCUGGCUUUUUAAUGGAGCAGAAAAAACAUCCCUACAAACAAAUGAACCCCCCAUUUGACAUCACCCUUAACUUUCCCUGGUGUCUCACAUCCCAACUUAGAUAAAAAAAAAAGUGUUGGCAACAGAAAACAAAAAGAGAUGUAUAAAAAUAAAAUACAUCAUGUUGAAUGGCCAGAAGUACAGUAGCAAACGACAUUCAAAGUACAAUUAAGUUGUGGGGUGUUUGUUUUGUUUUUUUACUUAAAGUAAUCACAUCUUCUCCCUUAAAUACCUUUCAAGCCUUUCAAACUCCUUGCCUAAAGGGCAGCGUAGCACUUUUAUUUAUUCGUUCCUUCCCCGAACAGUAGCAGCACCGGAGCAGGACAUGUAGAAAUGACUCUGGAUGAAAUCACUGUAGUCACAAAUACAGAAGAUCAGAGUUAUUCUUUUCGUUCCAAUGCUGCGGUGGAUUCUCUUUGUUUCAGUGUGACUGAUGCUUUUCUUUUCAAUCCUCCACUCUUCCAAAGAGACGGAGGGAUAAUUGUGGAAAAAUGUAAUUUGGUGUUUUCUUUAAUUUGUAAGCAACAAACAAAUGUGAGGGGGGAUUUUUGAUCAGAUCCUUGUUUGACUCUGAAGAUGUGCCCCACGUCCUCCCUACAUAUUUAUCUUUAACCAGGGUUUUUGAUUUCACGAAGCGUUCACACUGGAGACAAAUAAAAAAUAGACAUUAUACUCUGAGAUGUUGUUGUAGAUACUACAUUAUCUUUAUUGUUUCAGUGUGGGGUUGAUGAACACUCUCUACUGUCCCCACGGUGCCACACAGAAGAAAUGAAGGAGCUCUUCACAACUGGAAACAAUUCAAAUGCUUGUUCUCGAUGGUGUGACGGCUUCAAAAAAACACGAUGUGUGUUGCUUUUUGUUUGUUAAUGAUGUUUAUCAGUCCUGCUCCAAAGUUGUACUUUCACAGUACAUUUCCUGUUAUUGCACAACUGAAAAGUGUAUAAAUUUAUUUUAUACAAAGUGCAAAAAAGCAGUAUGGAGUAUGAAGACUGUUACAACGUGUAUACUAUAUAGUAUUAAUGUGACAUCUGGAGUUGGGGGCACAGCUUCAGGCGCGGGCUCAAAUUGAUUGGUUUGUGGAGUGGAGGUGAAUUAUGUACCUAAGUACUAAAAACACCCUUCAUUUUUAUUAAAUAUUUUUUUCAGCUUUUAGAAACAACAUUGUGAUGUGUAGCAUCCACACAUAACAAAGUUGAGCAUGCUGGAGUUUGUUAAAGUUCAGAUCCACUCCUCUGCCCCUCUGCUGUUGCAGGUCGAGGCGACCUGAGCAGCAGCCUCUCCUCGAUCUCUCUGAGAUCUUGUUUAUACUGUUUUUUUUUCAAACUUGUUUUGAAGUUUAUGGUUUACAGCAGCGUCCCACAGAACCUCCCACCGCUAAGGCUCAAUCAGUCAAAUCUAUCAAAUAUGAAUGACUCUUUGUAGCCAGCUGACACUUUGACCAUGGUUACUUUCCCCUUUUCCCUACUUAUUUCUUAUGAGCCUGUGUUUUUUUUUUAUGUAUUAUAUAAUUUUAUAUUUUUCAUGCUUCGAUCGGAAGCAGCUGCUCGGCUGCUGUUAUUGCCAAUGUGGUGGAACAACUCGCCUUCUCUCUCUCUCUCACUUCACAGACUGUUGCCGUGGUGACAAUAAUGAGAACAGGUGCAAAAGUCUUUCUGCAUAUUAUUAUUGGCUGUACAAAAAAAAAACAAAGUUUGUAUUUAUUGUGUACAAAUGUUAAUUAAUAAAAAAAUAAAUAAUGCAAAA